ACCCCAACCCUCCUCCUUCCGUUCUUUUCCCUCUAAAUUCUCUGCUCCCUCUCCGCCGCUUCUUUCUCUCUCUUGUUAUCAUAAGAACCAGCCCCCAGUCAAAGGCUCACGAGUUGAAACAAUGCCCCCUUAAACCCUAGUGGAAGAAAGGGGAAAAGCCGAAACAGAAAGUUUCUUUAACUUUUCUUCAUUUUCCCUCAAUUUAUCGGCGUUUUUUGUUGAUUUCUGGUCAAAGAGAGAAAAAAAUGGGGAAAUCUCAUCUGGGUAUUCUGUAUCUUCUUCUCUUCGUCGUCUCUUUUGUAUUGUACGUUCAGUCUCAGUCCACCCCCGACUUGUCUUCCAUGCAAGCCCUCAAAUCCACCCUCACGCUUACAAAAGCUUACGACUGGUCCGACCCGGAUCCCUGUAAAUGGACCAAGGUUAGAUGCGACGGCAACAACCGGAUCAACAGAAUCCAACUGGUCGGCUCGGAAGGAAACAAGAUACAAGGCACCCUUCCUGCUGAUCUCAGGAACCUUUCUUCUUUGAUCAUACUGGAGUUAAUGGGCAAUCAGCUUUCUGGGCCUCUACCGAGUCUGGCUGGGUUAAAGGCCUUACAAGAAAUCAAUAUCCACAACAACAAUUUCUCUUCAAUACCCAGUGAUUUCUUCUCUGACAUGAGUUCUUUGCAGACUGUGAACUUGGACUACAAUCCCUUCUCUCCUUGGGAGAUUCCUGAUAAUCUACGGGAUGCCACUUCCUUGCAAGAGUUUUCUGCAAACGGAUGUAACAUUUUCGGCAAAAUCCCUGAAUUUUUCAACAGCCAAACGUUUCCGGGGUUGACGAAACUGCAUUUGGCUAUGAACAAACUCCAAGGACAGCUACCCACGGGUUUUGCAGGUUCCAUGAUUCAGUCUCUCUGGGUUAAUGGACAGGCUGGCAAUACUAAACUCAAUGGGUCGAUAGCGAUUUUGCAGAGCAUGACUUCGUUGACUGAGGUGUGGUUGCACAUGAACCAGUUUUCGGGUCCGAUACCCGACCUUUCGGGCUUGACUUCGAUGAGGAAUUUCAGUGUCAGGGAUAAUCAGCUCACUGGUAUUGUGCCUCUGUCCUUGGUAAAUCUACCAUCCCUUUAUAUAGUGAAUUUGACUAAUAAUCUUCUUCAAGGACCAACCCCGAGUUUUGACACUAAAAGCGUUAACGUAGAUAUGAAACCUGGGUCUAAUAGUUUUUGCUUGGACACUCCUGGUGUAGACUGUGAUUCUCAGGUUAAUACUUUGCUAUCAAUUGUUGAAUCUAUGGGUUACCCUAUAAGUUUUGCUCAAAAUUGGAAAGGAAAUAAUCCUUGUACUCCAUGGAUGGGCGUCUCUUGUACUGGAAAAGAGAUUACAGUGAUUAACUUUAAGAAUAUGGGGCUGUCUGGUACAAUAUCUCCAAAGCUUGCCAAUCUUACUUCGUUGCAGAUAAUCAAUCUUUCAGGCAAUAAUCUUAAUGGCACGAUACCCACUGAACUCACUGCCCUUCCAAAAUUAACCAAUAUUGAUGUUUCAAAGAAUAGAAUUUAUGGUAAAGUGCCAAAUUUUAGACAAAAUGUGGUUGUGAAUACUGAAGGAAACCCUGAUAUUGGAAAGGAUGGCCCCACCCCAGCAUCGCCGUCAGGUGGUUCCCCUGGUUCUAAGGGACACUCUGGCGGCAGUGAUUCUUCAGGAAGUGGUGAUAAGAAAUCUAAUACUGGUAAGGUUGUGGGUUCGAUAGUUGGUGGGCUUGGUGGAUUGUGCCUUGUUGGACUUGGAAUCUGCUUGUAUGCCCGGAGAGGGAAACGAACUAGCAGGGUCCAGAGUCCGCAUACAGUGGUGAUACAUCCUCGUCAUUCCGGUGAAUCAGAUGCAGUGAAGAUUACUGUUGCUGGUUCAAGUGCUACUGGGGCAAGUGAAACUUACAGUCACACAAGCAGUGGACCUAGUGAUAUUCAUGUGGUAGAGGCAGGGAAUAUGGUCAUCUCAAUCCAAGUUUUGAGGAACGUGACGAAUAACUUCAGUGAGGAGAAUGUAUUGGGCAGAGGUGGUUUUGGAACUGUUUACAAAGGGGAACUGCAUGAUGGCACCAAGAUUGCUGUGAAGAGAAUGGAGUCAGGAGUGGUGAGUGAGAAAGGUCUGGCAGAGUUCAUGUCUGAGAUUGCUGUGCUCACUAAGGUUCGCCAUCGCCACUUGGUGGCACUUCUUGGAUAUUGCUUGGAUGGAAAUGAAAGGCUUCUUGUUUAUGAGUAUAUGCCCCAGGGAACUCUUAGCAGACAUCUUUUUAAUUGGAAGGAGGAGAACUUGAAACCUCUCGAAUGGACUAGAAGAUUGACCAUUGCUUUGGAUGUUGCUAGAGGUGUUGAAUAUCUACAUGGUUUAGCUCAUCAAAGUUUUAUCCACAGAGAUCUCAAACCAUCCAACAUUCUUCUUGGAGAUGAUAUGCGAGCCAAAGUUGCAGACUUUGGUUUGGUUCGUCUUGCUCCAGAUGGAAAACACUCAAUUGAAACUAGACUUGCAGGAACCUUUGGGUAUCUUGCACCCGAAUAUGCAGUAACUGGACGAGUAACAACCAAGGUGGACGUAUUCAGCUUUGGAGUUAUCCUGAUGGAAAUAGUGACAGGCAGGAAAGCCCUUGAUGAAACCCAACCAGAGGACAGCAUGCACCUUGUCACAUGGUUCCGUAGGAUGCACGUGAACAAGGACACAUUCCGAAAGUCCAUUGACCAAACAAUUGAGCUUAAUGAAGAAACACUGGCUAGUGUUAGCACUGUGGCUGAGCUGGCUGGCCACUGCUGCGCGAGGGAGCCCUACCAGAGGCCAGACAUGGGUCAUGUUGUAAAUGUGCUGUCAUCUCUUGUUGAGCUAUGGAAACCUGCAGAACCAGAUCCGGAAGAGCUGUAUGGAAUUGAUUAUGAUACACCAUUACCCCAAGUGGUGAAGAAAUGGCAGGCAUUUGAGGGAAUGAGCAACGUUGAUGACUCUUCAUCGUUCCUUGGCAGUGGAGAUAAUACUCAAACCAGUAUACCCACAAGACCAUCGGGUUUUGCAGAAUCAUUUACAUCGGCAGAUGGUCGAUGAAGUAUUCAUUGAUGGAUUCAGAGACCUUGGGCUUGAGCUUCUUGUUGUUGUAAGGUUUGUUGUCUCUGCAAUGAUUUUGCUGGGGAUGCCUUCUUUCUCUCCUCUCUAUCUUUGUUGCUUGAACAGUUCCAUAUAUAUAUAUAUAUAUAUAUAUAUAUAUAUUUCCUGUUGUUUAUGGAAGCUUUUUUAAGAUGCAAAUAGACAGAAUUUCUCAGGUAA